AUGAGGACCGUGAAGAAAGACACUCCACUGCCCGCUCUCGGAGAACCAAUUCUCGUCGCCAAGCUACAGAAAAUCCCUCGCAAGCGCAGUCCACCAACACGCCGCCUAGGUAGCGCAACCGAGAAGGUCGACCCUCACGAACCAAUGAGGAAGUCAAUCAGCAUCGCCCAAAGCGUGAAGGCCAUCAACAUGAUCAACCAGCCAUAUGUGCAAAAGGCGUUGAGAAGCUUAGGAAAUUUUGGAGAUGCACUACGCAUUGAGGUAGAUCAAGCAAACUCCUCACCUUUCACCGCCGAAAUCGAGCAGGCUGCUCCCCCAAAACGAUUCUCAACGCCCUCUUUCAUAUACUUCAAAGGGGAUUCCAAUCCCAAAAGUCAUCUAAAGCAUUUCAAGAGCCUUAUGAUCCUCUACAAAGCCGAAGACACGCUUAUGUGCAAGGUGUUUGCAAUGACUUUACAAGGAGCAGCUCAGGACUGGUUCCACACCCUGCUAUCCGGGUCGAUCAGCAGCUUCAAGGAGCUUGCUUAUGUCUUCACUAAAGAAUACACUUCUUAUUGGACGAUCAAGAAGAACCCUGACCAUCUGUUCAACCUGCACAAAAAGUCCGAUGAAUCCCUCCGAGACUACAUCAAGAGGAGGUUGCCAACUGAAUGUGAGUUGUAUCGCGAGCUGACCAUCUCUCCUCACCAAACACUGGUAGAAGUCUUCGCUACAGUAGAGCGCUACGCACUAUGGGACGAUGACCGGAUUGUCGCGAAGGAGGCUGAUCAAGCAGCUGAGCAGGCAAGCAAAGAGAACGGCAAGCGCAGAUCACAACCUCAGGAAUGUGCUCCAGUAGAGAAGAGCUACACUAAGUUCACUAUCCCGAUACACCAGAUCCUAACCCAAAUAAAGGACAUGCCUUGGUUGAAGAAACCAUCACCUUUAAAGGGAAACCCAACCAAGAAGGAUACUAGUAGAUACUACACAUUCCAUGAAGGGCACGGUCAUUACACAAAUGACUGCUUCGCCUGGAAAAGACACCUCGAAGAUCUAGUCAGAGACGGCCAUUGCACGGAAUUCGUCGCAAAGGGGGGCUAUCCAGCAAAUCAAGGAUUGUGA